AGUGCUUCUUGGGAGUUGUAGAUCAGGGUUUGAAGCACGUAUCGAAGCUUCAGUGUCACACUGCCAUCACUAGGGAGAAGCAGCGCGUCACUGACGGCUGAACCAGAAGCGACUGAGUCCUGUAAACCAACAGCUGCCAGAGGUUUGUUCCGACUCUGAGAUGAAGAUCGCGGUGCUGGGGGCCUCGGGGCAGACCGGCCAGUACCUGGUCCAGCAGGCCCUGCAGGGCGGACACGCCGUCACCGCCGUGGUCCGCGACCCGGGGAAGAUCACGGGGAGCCACGAGAACCUCAAGGUGGUGCAGGCGGACGUGUUCUCCGCCGACAGCCUGCGGACCCCCUUCCAGGACCAGGACGCGGUGGUGUCCUGCCUGGGCUUCCCCCCCUCCCCGUGGUGGGGGGUGACGGGCUACACCCGCUCCCUGGGGGCCGUGCUCAGCGCCAUGAGGGACGCCCGCGUGGGCCGGCUCGUCGCCAUGACGUCCUGGUACACACAGCCCGACUCCGGGGCCGGGGCCCCCCUGGUGGUCCGCUACGUCUUGCUGCCUCUGAUCCGCUCUGUGCUGACGGACAUGUUCCACAUGGAGACCGCCCUGCAGGGGGUCCACGACCUGGACUGGACUGUGGUUCGGCCCCCCGGCCUGCAGAACCUCCCCGCCUCAGAGAAGGACUUCCUGACCCAUGAGGGCUACUCCGUGCCGGGGGCUGUCGGUAUCCAGGUCGCCCGGGGGGACGUCGCUCGCUUCCUGCUCUCGCAGCUGGACGCCGACGCCUGGGUGAAGAAGGGCGUGGCCAUGCAUACUAAAUAACUACAUGCUAAAAACUAACUAGCUGCUCGAUUUUUUUAUGUUUUAUACGUAUUUUUUAUUCUUUUCUAAAUGAUAAAUGAUAUACCUUCAUGAUGGUUUAAUGCAAUGCUUUAAUAUCAAUGCAUCGUGUUUGUCAAUGGCGAUUACGACUUGUGACUCUUACUUACUUUGAACCACUAGAGGGCGAUGUCAGACCAUCGACAUCUGACCGCUCCAUUCACGUUGUACUCGUAUUGUCAUCGGUAUGCAUAGAAGAACAAUGCCAAUAAAGUUAAUCAAACACAUUCA